GCCAUUUUAACAGGGCGGAACCAAACAGCGGAACCCGGACGUUUUCUAUGUCAGCACUUCCUGUUGUGUUUUUUUAGCUUUUCUAACCAGGAAGAUGGAUUUACUCUCGAACAAAUGGAUCGUUAAUGUGCUAAUUUGUUGUUUUUUCAUUGGUGUUGGCUGUAAUUCAGUAGAAAAGAAGAUCUACGUCCAUCUCAAUUACACCGUUCCUUGCGUCCGACUGCUCAACGCAACACACCAGAUAGGAUGCCAGUCCUCUUUGUCCGGUAAUGUGGGUGUGCUUCACGUGCUCGAGUCUGAAGACAACCUGGACUGGGUCCUGAGCAAAGGCCCUAACCCUCCGUAUCUGGUCAUCCUGGAGGCUGCACUCUUUACCAGAUCCAUCAUGAUGAAGCUGAAGAACGGCUCCAACAGGGUGGCCGGGGUGGCUGUUGUGGCGCCGAACACUAACCCGACGGAGCCCUUCUCCCCGUACACCACCUGCCCCAACGAGAACACAGGCGUGUAUACAGAGAAAUACGAUCCGGCCUAUGCCCACUGUAACGUGACAGUGUGGAACCCUCUGGGGAACGGUUUGGCCUACGAGGAGUUCGACUUCCCCAUCUUCUCCCUAAAAGACGACAAUGACACUCAGGUCAUACGACAGUGUUUCUUGGACCAUAACCAGGUAGUAAACGGCAGCGCUCCUCAGUAUCCACUGUGUGCCAUGCAGCUGUACUCCCACAUGUCUGCGGUCACAGACACAGCCACCUGCAUGAGGAGGAACGACAUCAACUUCAGCAUCAGCCCAGAGGGGGUGUGUGACCCGUUGGGUGACUCCAAUGUUUGGGCGUCCUCCAGGCCCAUCAACACCACACAGAAAGGACACAAGAAUUCUGAGAAUGUGAUCAUAGCAGCGGCCAGGCUGGACAGCAGGUCUUUUUUCUUCGACAUCGCUCCAGGAGCUCAGAGCAGCGUCACAGGCUUCGUCAGUCUGCUGGCGGCCGCUCACGCCCUGCGGAACGCCACUCAGGAGGCCCCGCCCAACCGCACCAUCCUCUACACCUUCUUCCAGGGGGAGACCUUCGAUUACAUUGGCAGUUCAAGGAUGGUGUACGAUAUGGAGAACAAUCAGUUUGCUGUGGAUCUGGACAACGUUCACUCUGUGCUGGAAGUUGGACAGGUGGGGCUGCGCUCCGACUCUCAGCUGUGGCUUCACUCUGAUCCAGUGUCACGAAGGAACAGCAGCGUCAAUGAUGAGGUGAGGAAGCUGAUUGAAAACCUGCAGGUGGCCUCCAAAGACCUCAACGUCACGGUGAAUCAGCCUCAGGCCUCUCAGCCGCUGCCGCCUUCGUCCUUCCAGCGUUUCCUCCGAGCUCGGCCGAUCCCUGGCAUCGUCAUUGAGGACCACCAGUCUGUUUUUACUAACAGGUACUAUGAGAGUAUGUAUGAUAACGCAGAGUACUUGAACAUAUCGUACCCCUCAAACCUGACGGCAGAUGAGCAGCUGGAGCACAUCACUGAAACAGCCACGGCUCUGACGGAGGUGGCCACCAUGGUUGCUCGUGCUCUCUACAUCCAAGCAGGAGGUGAAGAAUCCCGACUGCCCAGCAUCACCGCAGAGGCUCGACUGGUGACUAGGAUGCUCUACAGUCUCCUGAUUAAAUCCAACAACUCCUGGUUCCAGGAAAUAAUCCCAUCAGAGUUCAUGAGCCGUCUCACGGAGAAGCCCACAAACUUCUACGUUGGAGUGGCCAACUGGCAGUCGAGUGAACCGACCUUUCUGGUCCAGUACUUGUUGGCCAACCUGACCGGUACCGUUGUCAAUGUCACCAAGGAAGACUGCCAGCAUCAACGAGAAGACGACAAGGACAAAGAGAGCCACCAUUUGUACCAUUACAUGUGGGUUCAAGGUUCGGUGCCGCCCAACGGGACCCAGAGGGAGAGUUUCUGCGUCCGCUCCACCGUUCACCUCUCCAAAGCCCUGUCCCCAGCCUUCGACCCACUUAAGGAGUACACCUCCACAGAAUACUCAACGUGGACCGAGUCCAGGUGGAAGACCAUCAAAGGACGGAUAUUCCUCGUAGCCAGUCAUGAACUAGAGAUGCUGACUCUGGGUGUUGGCGUCGGCGUGCUGGUAACGUCCCUGCUGUUAACGUACCUCAUCAGCUCAAAGGCCGACAUUCUCUUCAGCUCAGGGAGGGAACCCACCAACGCCACCUACUGAUCUGGGCAGAGGGGACCCGGGCCCACGACCACUACUACUACUACUACUACUACUACUGUUCCCUCUGCUACUCCGAUCCCAAACAGACACGGACAGGCUCUUCAGUUUGAAACACACCAUUAGGUACACAGACAGACAGACAGACAGACAGACAGAUCUCCAUGUUUAUACACGACUCCAUGUUUAUGGACUCACACAGGUGAGGCAUGACAUGAGGACUGGACCGGACUGGAUUGGCCUGGAUCAUCUGGACUGAUCAGGGUCAGGAACAACACUGGUCAGGCACCAGCAGGCCCUGCUAGUGGACAAGAUGUUUAUAUUUCUUUGUCUUUAGGUUGUUUUUUUUUCCCCCCUUUUUAUUUGUCAAAGAAUGUUUUGUUUACGGUGUCAAGUGUUGGGCACUAAAUAUUGCGCAUUAUUUUGUGUGUGUGUGUGUGUGUGUGUGUCACUGAGAGCAUGUGGAUGUGUAAAUGCAGAGUGUGUGAACAGUUGGGAAGUGGUUGUAUGAGUCCGAGUGUACAAAACAAAAUAUGCUGUGCUUGUGUGUGUGAGUGUGUAAACUUUAAAUGAGGAUUGCAAUGGUAUGUGCAAUACUGUAGCUGUCUUCUCAGUCAUGUAAGUUAACUUAUCAAUCAAUUUUAAUGAGAAGAAACCACUUUUUUUGAGUCAGUGAACAAAUAGUCAAAUUUAAACUAACAGAUUUACCAGUACUGGAAAUGUGUGGUGAAGCAUUUUGAUAGAAUCGACAUCCUGAAGCGUUAACAGUCCUGAUAACAUUAGACUAACUGUAAAUGACCCAAAUAUGUGGUUCAGUCACAGUACACAUGAAUACACAUGUAUGUGGUUGGUGACCCACUGUAAUUUCACAUAUUGUGAUAUUUGUGUGGAGAAAAAGAGUUUCCCCAAGUGCAGAGAGGCGUGUCCCAGUCCAUAAACCCUUAGCAUUAAGUCGCUGAAUAAUCCUCACGUCCUGUUUAGGGAACUUUAUGUGGUGGAAGGAAUUCAGAAACUUCAAACGGUGACAAUGCGUUGGUACUUUUGGCUGCACACUCUUUUGUUCUUAUCUUUUCACGAAGUUUCUUUUAGUGAUUGCUUCAGAGAGUUCUGACAACAUGCAAGACGUUUUAAUUUUAUUGGUGGAUGUUCAUUUUAUGGCUGGACUCAGUGACCAAUUGUGAUGCCUUGAUGAAGAAAUAAACAUUGCUUCUUUUCCAGUC